ACCACAUUCACCAUUAUGCAUGCAUAAUGGCUUCUUCUUCCUCUUAGUUUCUUUCACCUUUUAAUUUUCUCUUAAUUAAAUCGUUUAGUGUUAAUUUGUUAUUAUAGCCUCUGCUCCUCUCCUCGUGGGGUCCUUCAACCUCAUUUGGGGGAACCUCCAUCCAUUUGUAUUCAUCAUUCCUUAGUAAAAAGAACAUUGCUUAGAAGGGAAGAACCUAUAUUGUUCAUACAUAUACCCAGGUGUAUAUUUGUUUAAUUAUUAUAUAGAGAUCCUUAGAACUUAGAAGAAUAUAAUGAAUUGCUUUCCGUGCUUCACUUCUCAAAAAAGCAAGAAAAGCAGUAGCAGCAAGGAUUUUUCUCCUCCUCCACAGGAACAGGAACAAGUUGUAGCAAGACCACCAGAUAUAAAGAAACCAAAGGCAGAAGACAUAAACCAAGUAGACACAUCGAAUAUUAAAGCACACAAUUUCACAUUCCGUGAGCUAGCAACUGCAACAAAGAAUUUCCGGCAAGAAAUGUUGAUGGGUGAAGGUGGCUUUGGCAGAGUCUACAAGGGCACAAUCCCUGCAACCGGCCAGGUUGUAGCAGUUAAGCAACUGGACCGAAAUGGAAUGCAAGGAGGAAGCAAGGAAUUUCUGGUUGAGGUUUUGACUCUAAGCCUCAUGAGCCAUGAGAAUCUCGUCAAACUCACUGGUUAUUGUGCCGAUGGUGAUCAACGUCUUUUGGUGUAUGAAUUCAUGCCUGCUGGCUCUCUAGAAAAGCGGCUUCUCGGUAACCGAUCUUUCUUUCUCUCUACAUACAUGAAUUCAUUCUUGCUUGUUGUGCUAAUUUAUUAUUGCGGAGCAGAGCGGGGACCGGAGCAACCUCCAUUAGAUUGGUACGUCAGAAUGAAGAUAGCAUCUGAUGCGGCAAAAGGACUAUGGUACUUGCACGACAUGGCGAAUCCCCCUGUCAUAUUCAGGGACUUGAAAUCCUCCAACAUCUUGCUGGACAAUGAUAACAAUGCAAAGCUAUCCGAUUACGGACUUGCAAAACUUGCUGGUAAAGAUAAGAUGAAUAUUGUUCCUACCAGAGUUAUGGGCACCUAUGGUUAUAGUGCCCCUGAAUACGUAAGAACAGGUCAACUCACCUUGAAGUCAGAUGUCUAUAGUUUCGGUGUUGUCUUGCUAGAGCUCAUAACUGGACGCCGCGCAGUUGACACCACUAGACCCAACGACGAGCAAAAUUUAGUUUCAUGGGCGCAACCCAUAUUUAGAGACCCGAAAAAGUAUCCAGAAAUGGCAGAUCCACUUCUGAAAGGCAAGUUUCCAGAGAAGGAUCUGAAUCAAGUUGUUGCAAUAGCAGCCAUGUGCCUACAGGAGGAAUCAGCAGCGCGUCCUCUCAUGAGUGAUGUGGUGACUGCCCUCAGUUUUCUCUCAACAACUCCGCCUCCGGAGGCCAAUCCUCAGCCUGAGCCUGAGCCUGAGCCUGAGCCUGAGCCUGAGCCCGAGCCCGAGACCGAGCCUGAGCCUGAGCCUGUCCCUGCCCCUGCCCCUCUUUCUGCUGCGCGCUCGGCCAAGAGUGAAGCAUCCGCAAGUGUGAGUGGCAGCGGUAGUGAUAGCGGAAGUGAUAGUGGAAGCUACAGCCAGAGCCAGAGCGAUUAUGAUGGAUCUGAUGGUGAAUCAGACUACUAUGAAGAGGAUGAAGAUAAACGAAGCUACAGCCCACAAGAUAGUAUACAAUCUAGGGAAUUCUACUCCAAGUCAAGCCGCAAAAGCAGCACCAGAUCAUCGUCCAGGGCUCACAGCGAUGUAACUUCGAAUUCCGAAGAUGAAAGGAGAGGACCAUCCCCACGCAAAGCCAGUAGGAAACAUUUAAGCCAGAAGAUUAGCAAGAAGUCUUCCAGCAAGGAAAAAGAGUUAGGCCAGAAUAGCAGUAAGAAAGCUGCUUCUCGGAAGAACAGAGAAUUAAAGCAGAAGAGUAGCAGAAACAAAGAUAGAGAAUUGAGCCAAAAGAGCAGUAAGAAAAAACCAUCAUCUUCUUCAAAGAGGAGAACCGGGGUGGGACCAGAGGAGUCAAAGUCAAGGGAUGAAGGUGAAGCCAUGCUUAGUGAGAGAUCAUCACGAGAGGAUAUAUCUUACGGUCACGACAACCAAGAGAGUAGUGAGAGCAUCCCAUUCGAGUAUGAAAGCAGCAAGGAACCAUCAGCUAUCCCGCCAUUGCCACCAACAGCAAGCACUCUCACAUAAUUUUUCUGUCCAAGUCUGCUUGUUUAUUAUACAUAUGGUUUGUUAUGCCAGACAACUACACUUGACACUUAACCAUCAUUAUAUAUACGUUCCUCUUCUUUUU